AUGGAAGUCAAUCAAACUCCCACCACAAAACCCCAGGAAAUGGACCAAACAGAAGAAGGAGAAUUCAUAACUCAUCGCAAAACUGCUGACCGUGUUUUGCCGAUCAUUAUUUCGGAUAUUACUGCGUGGAAGCCCCUUAGAGAUGAAAUCAAAAAAUUUACUACCGCUAUGGAAUGUGUACAAAAAGGGGGAGAUAUCCAUAUUAAAGUAAAAUCAGAUUACGACUAUCGCUUAGUCACUAAAUUUUUGGACCCUAAGGAAAUACCUUAUCAUACAUUUCGCCUUCCUAGGGACAAGCCCCUGAAAAUAGUGAUAAAGAAACUCUCUGUGCACACCAAACCCGAAGAAAUCUUGGACGAGCUCCAGGAAAUGAAAAUACCAGUUAAAUCUGUCCGUCAAAUAACCAAAAAGAUAGACAACGAAAUUCUUAAAUUUCCUACUUUCCUCAUAGAAGUUCCACGGACUCUAGAAGGAAAAACGAUUUAUCAAGUCAACCACAUCUUGGACCUUGCGGUCAAAAUUACCUCAUUCAAACCAACCCCUAGGCGCAAACAGUGCCAUAAUUGCCAACGAUAUGGCCAUAGUCGCUCUCACUGCAAACAUAAGCCAAGAUGCCUAAAGUAUGGGCAAAUUCAUAUUACUACCGUCUGCAAAUAA